AUGAACAAAGAGAGAAUUUACAAUUUUGCUAACUAUGAUGUUACAUAAAGCUACAAUUUAGAAGCAUCAUAGAUGAAUAGAGAUGAGAUAUAUGAUACUCAAGAUUUUGAAAAAUCUCAUCAAGCUAAUUUUAGUAUUGAGAAUGAAGGUGAUAAUUAUUAAGAUCUUGGAGUGGAUUUGUUUGAUUUUAUGGUCCAAUUGUACUAUGAAAAAAAUAAAGUAAAAAUGACUAGAAAUCCUUAAGUAUUAUUUGACUUUUUUUAGCUAUUGCGUAAAUAGCAAGUUGAAAAUAAGAAAAAUGAAGAAAAUAGGAAGAGAACAGCUAAAGAUAGGGAGGAGUUUCAAUAAAAAGAAUAUAUGAUUUAAGAGUUAAUGGAAAAAGACGAUAGCGAGCUCAAUGAAAAAGAAAGAUUCUUUGUUGCAAAAGAAAAAAAGUAAAGAAGAUUAAGAGAAUUCAUAGAUUUAAACGUUGAGGAUGUUAGAUAUACUUUGUACAUUCAUUCACACGAUAAAGAAAAAUCUGAGAAGUAAGAUCAAAAGAUUAGCCAAUAUUUUGAAAAGGAUUUAGAUAAGUUUCAUUAAGAAUAGCAACGUAAAAAGAAUUAAAAAGUGAAUGUUACAGAAGCUGUUAAUAGGUUAUAUUAUUCAAGCCAAACAGUAAAUACUUAAAUUGAUUUCUAGAAAUGCGAAUGGUGCUAUAGGAAGAAAUUAGCUCACAGCAUUAUGGAUGAUUACUUUAAGAAUGGCUUAGAGUAAGAUGAAAAAAAUGAUAUUGAUGCUGAAAAAAAAUUUAGACAUCCAAAAAAGUUGAAAGAAUAUUGGCCAAGAGUAAAAGAUUAAAAAGAGCUUAUAUAAUCAGCUAUAGAUGAAUGCUUUCCUGUUAAUUUUAGUGAUCAAAAGAAAAACGAAGCUCUUUCUUAAGUAAAAGAAUCUAAAUUCAAGGAAAAAGUUAUAUUUGAUGAUAUAGACAAAUACUUCAGAGAUGUUUUUACAGGGUUUAUCAGACAGUAUGAUUAAAGUUGUGGAUAUCUUCCUGAAGAAUAAAAAAAGGAAGAUGAAUAAAUAAAUAAAAAUGAGUCUUCGAAAUUUGAUAAAUCAGCAAAAUACUAAAAUUAUUAUAAAAGUCUUAAAAACAAAUAAAGCUAGGAUCCUAUGAUUUAAUUUAUGAAAUUUUAUGAUAAGCUAGAUAAAAGACAAAGGGAGUUUUUAGAUGUUGAUUUUGAAGGUCGUGAAAAUUUUGAAACUUAAUUAAGAGAAUUUUAUGCAUAGUGGAAUGAAGAAAGAAGAUAAGAGGAGAUUCAAAGAGAAAAGACUUAGUAGGAAGAAGAGCAAAGAAUGAAGAAAUAUUUGUAAAAAAAAGUGUUUAAUAAGCAAUUUGAGCCUAAAAAGACUCCUCUUGAAUAACUCAAGUAGCCUAAAGAUAAAUACAAAUCUGGAUAGGUUAUGUUAGAGCUGCACACCAAAUUCCCCAAAGACAGAAUUCUUAAUGAUAUGAUAGUCUAAGAAUUUAAGUAAAAUCGUCUCAGCAAGUUCGGCUUAGAAUAUGAUGUUUUUGAUUCUGAUGAAGAAGAUUUAAUCAAACAGAGAAAAACUCCUGAAGAAACAAUUACACCAGAGAAUGUUUACAUGAUAUUUGAAUAGAGGAGGCAAGAAAAGAUAGAUGACCUAUCCAUUAUAUUUAGAGACAGAUUGGAUUUUUAUUAAAGCACUAAUUCUGAGGAAAUAAGAAAACUUAUUCAAGAAAAGAAAUAAACUAAUGAAGAAAAUAAGAAACUUAUUCGUCAUCUCAAUCAAGCGGCUAAGCAAUUUAUUGAAAUGAGAAAAGAUAGAAAGAAAAAAACUAGAGAAUAAAAAUAAAAAGGUCUAAAUGAGUUUGUUUCUGCCUUGUUUUAACAAUGCGAGUAAUAAUAUAAGAAAGUUAUAGAAAAGCAAUAUCCAGCAUUUAGGUAUGGUCUUGCUAAAAACUCUGCUUUCUAAUUUAAGCCCUUUCCUCCAAAAUUUAAGAAAGACUUCUUUGAAAUUGUAAGAGCCUAUGCAAGAACUUCUAUCAAAAAGCAAAAAGCUAAAAAGCUUCCUUUUUGGGCUCCUCCUUCAUUUAAUAUAUUUUAAAAGACUUUGAAUAAAAAAAUUGAAGAGCUAUCAAGAGAUUAUAUAGAAAGUGUAUAUGAUAAAGAUAGACCUGACACAUCAGUAUGGGAUAACAAAAUUUGCUAAAAAGAACGUGAAUAAAUUAUGAUGAAAUUCGAAGAAGCUUAAAAUUGUACAUUUAAUCCGAGUAUUGGAUAUAGAAUGAAUAAAAGAAACAGAUUCAUAUUCUUGCGAUCAAAAAUUAAUUCUCCUCUUUUCCUAGAAAAACCGAAAGGAUUAGAGCUAGCAGUUUCAAAGAUGGGAGAAAACUUUAAAGACAAAUACCCUUGGCUUUACAAAAAAGGUAUCAUUAAAAAAGCAUGGUUUUUAAUAUAAAAUGGUGAUAUCAAAGAAGCUUAUUCCUCUCUUUGUGAUAAUUUCCAUAUAAAAUCCAUUAUUUCUCACUUUAAUCCAAAGGUUACUAAAUUCCUGUAAGAUAACCCAGACUCACAGUUCUAUUUUGAGUCAAUUGGCAAAAAAGAACUGUAGGAAGAAAAGCUUAAAAGAGAAAAUUUUGAAAAUCCUCGUAAUAGGGAGUUACUCAAAGAAGUCUAUGACUAGCUUAUGUUUAUGGAAGCAAACGAAAGGGAUAUCAUUAAAAAGGUUGAUUAAUUUUUGUAAAGGAUUUCAGAAGAUCAAAGAAAUUCAAUCUAAAUGUACAAAAUGAAAAAGAGAAUGACAUAGUAACUGAAAGGAUAAUAAGGAGAUAAGGAGGAAUCUGAAGAAAUAAGAAAUAAAAAAAUAGAGCUUCAAAUGAUCAUGAAACAAUCUGAAGGUGAACUGUCAAAAGAGGAAUAAAAAAAAUUACAAUCUUAAAAAGAAGAAAAAAUGCUAGAGCUUAUUAAAUUGCGUUCUUAAGAAAAUUAAGAUUCUGUUAUUCAAGGCAGAAAUCAACAAAAAAGCUUAGGAGGAUCAAAAAAAUAAGGAGAAUAUGAUGGUGAGAGCUCAAGCAGAUAUUCUUCAGCUACAUAAUCCACAUAUGCAUCAAGAAGAGAACUUGUUAAGAAUAUUAUGUGUCCUUUAGGAAACUCAUGUCCUGGAUAUGUUGGUCCUCGUUGGCAUGUAAGCAGUAUUAAAUCUUGCGUUCCUAUAGGAGCUAACUGCGUUUUUGCUCAUACAAUGUAAGAACUUAAAUUUAAUAAAGAAAUAAAAGCAAAGAAGGCUAUCCUUUUUAGCUACUUAAAAAUCGUGGCUGAUAAAGGUUACAGUGCCAACUAAUCAAAACCGCCUGCUUGGAAUCCAGCUGGUAAUAAAUUAUCAAGCUGCCUUGGAUGCAGUUAAAAAACAGCCUGUUCUGAAUGCAAAUUCAAGACUUUCAAUAAAAAUGUUAUACUAUAGCUGAGAAAUGCUACCUCAGUUACAAACUCUAAAAUUUGUAAAACUGAAUCUUUUAAGAAAAAGUAAGAAAAUAAAAAGAUAUCCUCAGACAAUUUAACUUUUAAGCUUGGCUGUUUAUAAAAAGCUAAUAUUUUUUAUAAGCUUGAGAGAUACUAAGAGGCUUUUGAUGUUAUUAGCAAAGCAAUUGAAUAAAUUAGAAAAGAAGUUGAAACUGAUAGAAUCAAACAAUUAUAACUUGAAAAUAAAUGGAAAAAAGCAUUAAACCUAGGCUCUUUUGGAGGCGAAAUUACAGCUGAAACAAUAUUGAUGCAUAAGUCAUUACCUAAAGCAGACUAGCAUGAUUUACAAAAAUUAGAACUUUAUGGCAUCAAAACAGGACUUAUUGGCAAUAAAAAACCAAAUACUAAUGAAUUCUUAAACUACUAAAUAGAAUAAACUUAUUUGAAAAUAGAACGUGCUUUAUAAACAAAAGACGAAAAUGUAGAUUUAAUGAAGAGAAAAAUUGGAGAGCUAGAAGAAUUGCAAGAGAUGAUUGAAUAACGUGAUACAAAUUUGAAAUCUAACCCUAAUAUGCCUUUAGAAGAAAUAGAAGAGGAUGUAGUAAUAGAUACCUAAAAUAUGGAUAAAGAGGAAAUUGAAGACAAAUUAAGAGAAAAAAGAUUAAAGGUUGCUCUUAGAAAAGUAAAAACUAAAAUGUGCUCUAAUAUUUUAAAUAACGGAGUAUGUCCUCUUGGAAAAAGAUGUAGAUUCGCUCAUUGGGCUAACGAACUCUUACUUGUAAAACCUGAAAAAUUAAUUAAGAAUUUAAGAAAUGCUAUUGAAUAAACUGAACAAACUAAACUUUUCUAGUUUUGGAAUCCUUCUGGAAAUAAUAUUUAGAGUUGUGGAGGAUGUGGUCUCUGCAACUUUUGCUAGACUAAGAGGACCAACGAAAAGAUAUAUGAAUUAUUCAGAUUCGCAACUAAAUCAACAAAUAAUAAAAUAAGACAAAAAGAAAGCUACUAAAAUAAGGUAAGGUAAAAAAAAUAGAGACACUUGACCUCCGAUAGAAAAUAUAGGCUUUUGAUGAAAACAAAGAUUUUGGUUGGAUAAGGUUAUCACUAGAAAGCAUUUGACAUGAUUAUGAAAGCAAUAAAAUUGGUUGAUAUGAAUUACAAAAAAGAUGAACUUUUAAAUUAUGAGAUUGAAUAAAUGUAUUUAUCACUCAAAAAAUAUCUUGACGAGAAGUACUAAGAUUUAGUAUACAUGAAUAUAUAAAUCGAUGAGUUAAAGAAGAUUUAAGAAUAGGCAGAAAUAGUUGAGGAAUAGGAUAGGUCAAUUAAGCCUCAGCCACCAAAAGAAAUCAAAAAAACCAAAAACCAUUAUAUCAUAGAUAAGGAAGCAUAUGUUGACAUUGCUUACAGAUAUUUCAAAAAUUAUGACUAUGAAGAGGGAUAAAAGUUAAUAGAUAAAGUUAUUGAUGAUAUCGAUAAAGAGCCUGAUGUUGAAGAAGAUCCCUUCAACGCCACUCUAAAAUAAGCACUUAGGAAUUUAGGUGGAUUUAAAAAGAAUAAAAAAUCUCAAAUAGGAGAAGAAAAUGAGGAAGACUUCUAGAAUAGUUAUGAAUAAAAUAGGUAUGAUGACGAUGACAACGAAAAAGGAGACUAUCAUGAUGCCUUGAAUCAUCCUUUGAUGAGAUUCAGAUAAAAUAAGUAAGAUCUCUACAGUUAAGCUAUGGAAUCUCUUCGUAGCGAUGAUAACAAUGAUCCAAUGAUAAAAGAUUAAAAUAAAAAGAACGCCAUCUAUCUUCUAAAGCUUGCUUACAACUAUAUUAAAAUCGAAAAACAAGACCUGACAUAUAACCAAGAAGUCAAUAAAAAAGCUCGUUAAGUAAAGGAACUAAUUUCUAAGCACCUUAACGAAAAAAAUAGAAAUUAUAGGGAAAAGCAAUCGCUUUUGGAAUCAGCAGAAAAGUGUAUCGAAGGCUAAAACUACAACGAUGGCUUUGAUAUAAUACUAAAUGCUAUUGCAAUUAUUCGUAAAGAAAAAUAUGUUGACGAAGAGCAUACUAAGCUAAAUAAAAGAAUUGAUACUGUUUAUUCAGUCUUAAAAUAAGGAAAAUACAAUUAAAGUUUAAGAGAAAAACCCAUUUUAACUCCAAUUUCUGAGCCUUUUAAGGAAAGAGAAGAAAAUGAAACUAGAAUAUCCGCAUUUAGAAACCUUAAGCAUGUAAGAGAUAGAACACUUGAGGAAAAAUAAUAACAGUCAGCUUUAGACGAAAGAGUAUUUAGAGAUCCAAAAACAAUAGGAAUGGUUUAUCCCAAUAGCUCUAUUUAUUAGAUUAAAAAUGCUAUGUAUAAAAUUGAUCAAAAUAUAUAACACGGUGUUAAAUAUCCUUCAUUUGUUCCUCCUUCUCAAGAAAAAGCAUCUAAAUUAUUUGGUGAAUAAGAUAGAUUAUAAAGAUUAGAUGAAAAAACUUUAUGGCAAUAAAAAACAAUUUUAAAUACACAAAAUAAGGAUGAAUUAAGUCAAAAUCCAUUUGUCAGAAAAGAUGAUAAUUUAAUGUGA